AUGGUCUGCCCAAACAAUCCUUCAGACUGCAGCGGACCCCAAAAACGUCGAAAAACACUUCUAACCCGCGAUAACAUCCCAACCCCAACCCCGACCCCCCCUCCCACCCCAAACAUUGCAACCCCCAUCCUCAAAAGAAAUAUAAUCAUCCGUAGCAAAAAAGGCAACCCAGGUCUCGACGAAAUAAUCGACGAAAUCAUCAACGCCACCAAAUCCGCCAAAUCCCGUCUAGAAAACAGUAGCGACGACGACGACGACGAUGAUGAUAGUAACCAUCACCACGACAUCCGCAAACGUCAAGAGAGUACGAGUUCCACCAGCACCGUCACAUCAACUCAUACCCACUCCGCUUUAUCAACAGUAUCAGAAACUAUCACUGUAUCUACCGAGGCACAGGAAACGCAAACUCAGACUACUACGGGUACUAGUACUGUUUCUACAUCCACGGCGUAUACGACGGUUACUAAGACCGGAACGCCGAAUGUGGCGAGGAUGCUUGCUCCUGGGGAUGGACAUACUGUUGUGGUUAUGAGUUGGGUUUCUUUGGUUUAUUUGGCGGUGUUGGUUUUGAGGGUUAUUAACGUUGUGGGUUAA